AUGGAAUAUUGUGAUGUAUCAAUAGCAAUUAAAAUUGCAAAAAAUUUUUCAAAAAAUGUUACAAGAUAUUCAAAAUUUAAUAAACAAUUAGAAAGUAACAAUAUUUCUAAAGAAGAAAAAACAUAUAAAAUACUUAAUAGCUUUUUUACCUAG